AUGGUCCGAAUCAAAGAGAGAUAUAUUCUCGUCAAUAUCCUGUAUCCGCCAGAAGAUGCAAAACAGCAUUCCAGUGUUCCAGACUUCGUGGUGAGGCAUCAACCAACGACGGGAAGUCUCACUCCUCAGUCUCUUCUAAAGGCGAUCCGAGCUGAGGUUGCUACUCUUUUCGGAGACUACGGUUCUGGUGCCAUAGAAGGGAACCUCAUUGUCAAGUACCUCUCUCAGGCAACAUCGACUUUCAUAUUGAAAGUGAAGAGAGCGCACUACCGCCUGGUCUGGGCUGCCCUGACGUUUAUGAAUCGCGUGCCUCUGAAGAGCGGAGAUGGCAAGCCUUGCACCUUCAAGGUCGUCAGAGUUAGUGGAACCAUCCGGAAAGCCGAGGAAGAGGCUAUCCGACAAGCCAGACAGCUGGUGCUCGCCGCCGCGGAUUUUUCUGCGGCUGCUGCGAGUGGCGCGCUGCCACUGUUCUCAGAGCCCAGGACCCAAGCCGAGGAUGCGGUCAUGUUCGACGCGUCGGAUGUCUCUGACGAGGAUGACAUGAUUGAAGAAGACGGCUGA